AUCAAAAAUUUAAUGCCACUUCCUCCAAUAAGCCAUCUGCUAAGGCCAGCAGAGUGGACUGAGCCUUCUCUCCAGAUGUGCAUCCAUGUCAACCUCCUUCUGGUCCUCACCCAGGGAAGGUUGCCAACAAGACAACGCAGAAGACCCUUGGCUGAAGCAAUGGAGGGGGGUCCGGCCGUCUGCUGCCAGGACCCUCGAGCAGAGCUGGUGGAACGGGUGGCAGCCAUUAACAUGGUCAACUUAGAAGAAGGAGACAGAGGCCCAGAGCCCACCAGGAAUGGUGUGGACCGCCCGCCCCGGGCCAGAGCUGCCUCCGUGAUCCCUGGCUGUGUUCCGAGGCUGCCCCCAGCGCGGCCCAGCCUCUCAGCUAGGAAGUUCUCCCUGCAAGAACGGCCAGCUGGGAGCUGCCUGGAGGCUGGACCCUACUCCACAGGACCCAGCAGCCACAUCUCACCCCGGUCCUGGCGGAGGCCCACCAUAGAGUCCCACCAUGUGGCCAUCUCAGAUGCAGAGGACUGUGUGCAGCUGAACCAGUACAAGUUACAGAGUGAGAUUGGCAAGGGUGCAUAUGGCGUGGUGAGGCUGGCGUACAAUGAAAAUGAAGACAGACACUAUGCAAUGAAAGUUCUUUCCAAGAAGAAGUUACUGAAGCAGUAUGGCUUUCCCCGUCGCCCUCCCCCUAGGGGGUCCCAGGCUGCCCCAGGAGGGCCAGCCAAGCAGCUGCUGCCCUUGGAGCGGGUGUACCAGGAGAUUGCCAUCCUGAAGAAGCUAGAUCACGUGAAUGUCGUCAAACUGAUUGAGGUUCUGGAUGACCCUAAUGAGGACAAUCUCUAUUUGGUGUUUGACCUCCUGAGAAAGGGACCAGUCAUGGAAGUACCCUGUGACAAGCCCUUAGCAGAGGAGCAGGCUCGCCUCUACCUGAGGGACAUCAUCCUGGGCCUCGAGUACUUGCAUUGUCAGAAGAUCGUCCACAGGGACAUCAAGCCAUCCAACCUGCUGCUGGGGGACGACGGGCACGUGAAGAUUGCGGACUUUGGCGUCAGCAACCAGUUUGAGGGGAAUGAUGCUCAGCUAUCCAGCACAGUGGGGACCCCAGCAUUCAUGGCUCCUGAGGCCAUUUCUGAUUCCGGCCAGAGCUUCAGUGGGAAGGCCUUGGAUGUGUGGGCCACUGGGGUCACACUGUACUGCUUUGUCUAUGGCAAGUGCCCAUUCAUCGAUGACUAUAUCCUGGCCCUACAUAAGAAGAUCAAGAAUGAAGCUGUGGUGUUCCCAGAGGAGCCAGAGGUCAGCGAGGAUCUCAAGGACCUGAUCCUAAAGAUGCUAGACAAGAAUCCUGAAACAAGAAUUGGGGUGCCAGACAUCAAGUUGCACCCCUGGCUGACCAGGCAUGGGGAGGAGCCCCUCCCCUCAGAGGAGGAGCACUGCAGUGUGGUAGAAGUGACUGAGGAGGAAGUGAAGAACUCUGUUAAACUCAUCCCCAGCUGGACCACGGUGAUCCUGGUCAAGUCCAUGCUGAGAAAGCGCUCCUUUGGGAACCCAUUUGAACCCCAAGCACGCAGGGAAGAGCGAUCCAUGUCUGCUCCAGGAAACUUACUGACAAAAGAAGGGUGUGGUGAAGGAGGCAAAAGCCCAGAGCUCCCUGGAGUCCAGGAAGAUGAGACAGCAUCCUGAGCCCCUGCAUGUGCCCAGGGCCACCAGCAGCAUGCUCAUCCCGCGCCUCCAGAGGCCCACUGCCCUCAUGCGACAGCCGCCCCUGCGGGCAGGGAGCUGGGGACUAUAGCCCCUACCCCGGCCCUCUUCCUCUGUUGUGUUGCAUGACCUGUGCACAGGCAUGUCCAGGGACAGGAUUGGAAUGUGUGUUCAUUUGGAACUUGGGGAUCCCUACUCUCCCUGGCUUGACCCAUCCUGUGGGGAAGCUGGGGGCCCAUAGAGCCUCAGAAACCCUACCUGGCUACCUGGUGAGGCCCAGGGCAAGAGUCUUGCAAGAGACCGAGAUGGUAGGUAGAGGCAUGAUGGACUGUAUGGCAGAGACCUUCAUGGAGCUGGGUGGGUCUGCUCAACUGCCACACCACAAGGAUGUGUGGUCACCCGACUUGCCUCAGUGCCUGACGCUUAGAUUGCUGGCCUGGAGGCUCUGACCUCUUAUGUGUCAUUGGGGAGAGGACUGGUACUGGAGAACUAAAUUCCCUUUGGUUGUCAUUUGUUUUAGUUUUUAACUUGGUGGCCAAAUGGGAGUAGCCUUCCUACAGCUUUGGAUGGUUCCAAACACACCUGCCAAUGUUUAGCAACCAUGAAGACCUGACACUCACAGACUGUGUCUUAUAGUCGGAACUCUCUAGAAAAGGGGCUGAACCUGAAUCCAGAUCAGAGCACAGACCGGAGACAGUAGCAAUGUACCCUCCCUGCCCACCAUCCUUCCUCCCUUCAUGUAUCCCCAGGGCCAAGGCCACAGAAGAGACACCAGGAGUGACACUAAAAGUUGUGGAUUCACAGAGUCGUGACCCUCAUAUGCUGAAGUAACUGGAAUUGGUCUCUGAUCCUACACUGGCUUACCCAUCACAUUCAGAUAAUGAAGGAUUAACUUCUUAGCUAGGAGGCCUUGCUAGACGAGGGACCCUGCAGAAAGUGUUCCUUGCCAGGAGGGAGGCCCUUCUGCCAGCUGCCUCAUCAGCACAGGACAGUGAAUAGUCAGCUCACAUACAGCAGAGCCCACAUUUGGACAGUAGUGGGUGUCGCUCUCGGCGUUCUGUGACCAUCUGGCCAGCCUGGGUGUUUACUGACUAAAUGUUCAUAGUGGUCAGUCCUCGAAGGAAGGUAAAUAGGACUCAGGUGCCACCUCUGAAAGCAUGGGCUACACAGGUUCCUGCUGCCUGUAUGGGUUUCAGAUUAUCAGAGGGCUCAUUUGGAGGAGGGGGAGGCUGGGGAGGGCCAUGCCCCACUGCAUCUUUGUGCCUGUUGGUGUACAUUGCGCCUCUGCGCGCACACGCAUGUGCGUGCCCAUCUGCUGCACACAGCACACUCGCAUGUCUUGCACUGGCACAUGCAUCUGUAAUAUAAUUCCUAUGUACACUUAAGACUUGGAGCAAAUGUGGCCUGUUGUCAAUGGGUCCCCAUUUCUCUCUAGCUCCUCUGCACUAAGGCAGCCAGUGUAACCCAGGGCUUAAAAAAAAACAUUCUCAGUUGUAUCUUUAAGAACACUUUUAUAGAGUUAGUGGGAGGCAAAUCACAGGUUAGCAAGGCUUCAGGGAGCCCUGCGGCUUGGCUCCACCUUGGACAGAGCUUGGAGGUGGGUGGCUGCCUUCAGAGCCAGGAUGGCCACCUGUUGCCAAAGGUUUUGAAUGUAGCACAAGUGAACAAACUCUUUAAGAGUGUUUUAAAAAUUAACUUCCCAGGAAGUGAGUUAAAAACAAUAAAAGCCCUUUUCUUGAGUUAAAAA